AUGCUAUGCGUUGUAAAGGUAGCAAGGUUUUCUCGAAAAUCCAUAGCUUGGAUCUUUAUCCUGGCGUCAUUUUGCGUUUUGGCACAUAUCCUGUUGUUUGAAUACAUGAACGAGUUGGUUCAAGAUGUGAAUAACAUUUUUACUGUAGCAAUACACAGAGAAAAUUCGCGAUUACAUGGCAAUAUAAAGUUUAUUCUAAUCUGGGAAAGCGAUUACUACAUAUCGCAAGAGUUUUACGAGGUAAAGAACUGUUCUUUUGCCAACUGCUUCUUCACGAAAGACAGGAAUUACAUGGGCGAUAUUACUGAGUUUUCCGCUAUCAUUUUCGACGAAAAUAUCCUAGAUAGUACAGACAGACCGAUGCGCCGCAGCGAAUCACAGAUAUACGUAUUCAAUUCUCUAGAAUCGUCGUAUAAUAAACCAGCGUGUGACGUGAACAACGACGAAUUCUUCAAUUGGACGUUAACAUAUCGGCUCGACUCGGAUUUCACGUGGAGUUACUUUGUUGUGAGGAAUCUUACGGGACACAUCGUAGCCCCCAGCGUCACUGCGGCGUGGCAGACGAAUGUAGCUCCUAUCGAUCAGAAAAUAAAGACAUUUCUUGGAAGGAAGAAGAAAGCGGCAGCCUGGCUCGUAAGCCAUUGCCAAGCUGAUAGCUUCAGAGACGAAUAUUUAACAAGGCUUCAAGAACACCUAUUCCAUUUCGCAUUGAGAAUCGAUGUCUACGGCGAGUGUUCGCAAAAUGUUUGUCCAAAUGGCAACUGCGAGGAGAUGCUAAAGGAAUACUUUUUUUAUAUGGCAUUUGAAAACUCGUUCUCCAUUGAUUACGUUACGGAGAAGGUUUUACACGGCUACGAUAACUACGCUGUGCCAGUUGUUUAUGGUGGAGCAAAUUAUAGCAGGUUUCUCCCGCCCGGUUCCUACAUAAACGCACGGGAGAUGCACCCGUAUAAUUUAGCCUUCGCCAUGUACAAAGCCAUAAAAGAUCCCAACCUUUAUGAAACGUACUUCAAAUGGACUAAUUUGUACACCGUCGAAUCUGAUGCUCGUGAAAAUCAUCCCCUGUGCGGUCUUUGCGAAGCCAUACAUAAAGAGGAUAACCGCGUGCCGGCUAAAGAGAAGUUUAGGCUAUGGUGGAACAAUAUUGAUGGCAUGAAAUGGUGUCUCUCUGAGGAGUACUGGAACGAGACGGCUCUCGUUAAUAUCGAUGCGACGCAUAUAUUCAACUUGUAUUGA